AUUGUGUAACAUAAUGUAGUAUGUUGUGACAUUACCAUCUGCGAACAUGUGGCGAGUGGCUGUACUGGCGUGCUUUGUGACUAUGGUGAUUGGAGGGAAAGCUCCAACGUUAGACCUGAAUGAUGGACACAAGAUUCCCGUAGUGGCAUUGGGAACCGGCCGAGGCACUGCUGGGGCGGCACCAAUAGACGAAGUGCGAGACGCGGUUUUCUGGGCCAUAGAGGCGGGGUACCGGCACAUAGACACGGCAGCUGUGUAUGGCGACGAAGAGCAGGUUGGUCAAGGAGUAGCUGAUGCUAUCAAGAAAGGCUUGGUGAAGAGGGAGGAGCUCUUCAUCACUACUAAGAGACAGAAAAACGUUCAUUUGAAAAACGACGACGACAACGAGGGAGCAAUGAGCGUUCCUUUAAAAUCUCAAACAGUUUUUUCAAUAACCUAUAUGGUUCAAAUCGUUAAUAGAUCAAGUAGAGUAAUUUUUAAGUCCAAAUCCGUGAAAGGUUCAAAUUCCUCCAUCAUGUUUUUCGAGUGUCUUUCUCAAAAUGACCAUUUCUUCCAGGUGAACCCAACGCUAACCCAAGAGCCCCUGGUCUCCCACUGCCAAGGUCUGGGGAUAGCCGUGAUGGCGUACAGCCCCUUCGGCUUCCUCGUCACCAGGAAGACGGCUGACGCUCCCCCGCCCAGGGUAGACGAUCCUACCCUGGUCAGGAUCGCCCAGAAGUAUGGCAAGAACACCGCUCAGAUCGUGUUGCGAUAUCUGGUUGACCGAGGCCUUGUUCCUAUUCCCAAGUCAGCAAACAAAGAACGUAUAGCUCAGAAUAUUGACCUAUUUGACUUCGAGCUCACCAAAGAAGAAGUGGCAGAGAUUAGCAAAUUCAAUAAAAAUGUCAGAGUCAUUCACCCCAAAGGUUGGGAGAAAUUCCCAAAUUACCCUUUUUAGAGAGGAAAUGAUAACAUGUAUAAAGUUUUUCCAAGACGUGAAUGAAAAAUACAAAUAAGUAUUUUUUUGUAAUCGAAAUACAUUUGCAGUGUUGUGUAAAAGACGGAAUCUCAAAA